GUCGUGUAUCCUGCGUCGUCUGUUUGCUGCAGUGGUUUGCAGCUUGGUACCCCUACCUCUCGGUGACGUCAAGCAAUUCUGAGCAUUUUUACACAACUAAAAAGUCGUUUACUGGCUUCUUGCUUCAGUCUGUCGUUUCACAGUCAACAGUCGGAUCAUUCCUUCUUGCAACUGAUGGGUGUGUGUGUGUCUUGGAGGUGUUGUUGGGGGGGGGGGGGGGGG